AUGCAAGCAGGCCAUGCGAGCCCGUGCCCAGCCUGGGCACUGGGUUCUGGACUUGCGGCAGGGUCCGUGCGCCACCAGCAUGGCCUGCAGAGGGCAGCCGUCGACGUGGCUGCCCAAGAGCGCGCUCGCAGUUCUUUGACACCCCGUUUUGGGCACUGCCUGGUGUUGGUGGGGUCAAUGUUCAAAUUUUCUGAAGUCUUGUGCAGACGGAAAGGGGCCAAGUGCUCCAGUCUCGAGGAAAUGCGCAGAAGCAGGCUGCAUGGAUGCUUUGCAGGGCGCUCCCGUUCUCAGCUGUUGCAGCAGCGCAGAAGGCCCACAACCGAGGGCGAAGCACAGUCGGCGGGUGCAACCACAGUGAAGGAUGAUUGGACAACGAUGAGGAGAGUUCGCCGUUUGCUGAAAGCUGGGACGAGUGUAGUGCUGAUUCUCUUGCUGCUGCUCUACAUCACCAGCUUUGUCGAGGGCGCCAUGCACAAGCUGUUUGCACAUCCAAUGACCGCAAAGUCACCUGCAGUUGUUUUGAUGAUCGGUCUAGCAGUGGGAGGGCUGCACACGGUGGCAGGACCUGACCACUUGGCGGCACUGGCGCCCCUGGUGAUCGGCAAGGGCCGCUCAGUGUUUGCCGCCUUUGGCCUUGGAGCUCUUUGGGGCUCGGGGCAUGCCACCGGACAGCUGAUCAUCGGAAUCGGUUGCCUUGCAGUGAAGAUGGGCCUGUUGCAGAUGCAUGUAGCUCAGGCCCUAGAGCAAACCAGCGGCUUGCUCGUGGGCGCAUCUCUGAUAGCAAUUGGGCUGCUGGGCUUCAAAGAAGCCAGGCAAUAUGAUACCGCAGAAGAAGCUACAGGCGACCAGAACUAUGGAUGGGCAACGUAUGCGACUGGUGUCGUGCAUGGACUCUCGCUGGAUGCCAUCAUCUUCAUUCUUCCGGCCUUCUCCUUGCCACGCUUUUCUGCCGUCAUACACGUGCUUGGGGUCGUCUUCGGCACGUUGUUCUCCAUGGGAUGUUACACGACAGUCCUGAGCCUAUUCUUCCGCAAGUCCCCCAAGCUGAAGUUGAUUUCGGCCAGUGCGUCAUCGAUCUCCCUCCUCCUCGGCAUCUGCAUCAUGAUGUCCUGCGUCGGAAUCGACCUGCCCCUGCCUGGACUUUGA